UUCCUUCCAUAAACUGUUUCUCUUCUCGCCUUCACUUCUUCAACAUUUAUAAACCGUAAAAAUUUCUGUUUUGGGAAAGUUUUGAGAAAACCCUAUAUCUUCAAUCCCUCCUUUUCUCCACUACUCAAAUCUUUGUAUGUAAAAAAAAACAACCUCAAGUUCUUCCUUCUCUAAUCACACUGUCCUUGAUUUUCUUUUGUUCAAAAAAUGGGUUAUAACCUUCCGACUCCAUUAGAGGGUCUCAAAGAAACAGGACCAACACCUUUCUUAACGAAAACCUACAACAUAGUGGAGGAUUCAAGCACAAACAAUAUAGUUUCAUGGAGCAGAGACAACAACAGUUUCAUUGUCUGGGAACCAGAUACUUUUGCCCUAAUUUGCCUCCCCAUAUACUUUAAGCACAACAAUUUCUCCAGCUUUGUUAGACAACUCAAUACCUAUGGGUUUAAGAAGAUUGAUACAGAGAGAUGGGAGUUUGCAAAUGAGUACUUUCUGAGGGGACAGAGACAUCUCCUCAAGAACAUCAAGAGAAGAAAUACAUCAUCUCAAACGCAAACGCAGUCGCUAGAAAACAAUAGAUUCAGACUAGAACGAGAGAUCCAGGGGAUGAGAAGAGACAAAGCCACUCUAGUAACAGAAUUAGUGAGAUUGAGACAAAAACAAGAAAGCGUCAAGACAUAUCUUCGUUUGAUGGAGGAGAAACUGAAAAUCACAGAGAGGAAGCAAGAAAUGAUGAUGGAAUUCUUGCUGAAGAAGAUUCAGAAACCGAGUUUCUUGCAGAGCUUAAGGAAACGUAAGCAGCAAGAAAUUGAAAAUCGAGAGCAAAGGCAAGAGAUGAUCUCAAGCUAUGAUGGGGUUGAGGAUCAUGAAACGUUUGUUAAAGCUGAGCCUGAAGAGUAUUGUGAUCAACUUGGAGGUGUGUUUGGUUAUGGCGAUGAGCUUCACAUAGCUUCAAUGGAGGAUCAAAGACAAGAUGGGGUUGAAAUGGAAAUGGACAAUGAAAUGAUUUGGAACGGUGUCAUGUUGAGUGAGGAGAUCUGUGUUUUAGAGGAACAUUUGAUAUAGUUUUUUAUUUUAUUUAAAUCAAGUACUUUGGGAGUUUUUAUUUUAGUAUACAAUACAAACCAUAUGUUACACGCCCAAAUCAAUACUUCCUGAGUUUGUAACUGACA